AGUGAGAUAAGGAGACAGUGAAACAUGAACUACUGCUACUACACAAAUAAGAGAAGAUGGAGAAUAAUUCCUAUGAAUAUAGUAGGAAGGUAAUGAAGGAUGUCUCUCUUCGGGAGCUUAGAGAUAGGCUUGCAGAAUUUGCCAGAGUUAGAGGUUGGGAUCAGUAUCACAGUCCUAGAAACCUUCUUCUAGCUUUGGUUGGAGAAGUGGGAGAGCUAUCAGAGAUAUUCCAGUGGAAAGGGGAAGUUGAAAGAGGACUACCUAACUGGACAUCAGAUGAUAAGGAACAUUUGGAGGAGGAAUUGUCUGAUGUUUUGCUAUAUCUGGUUCAGCUUGCUGAUGUUUGUGGACUUGAUUUAGGUCAAGCAGCUCUUACCAAGAUUCUCAAGAAUGCUCAAAAAUACCCUAUUACUAAAUCUACUUAAUUCUCACAAAUACAAGUUUUAAUGUAUUGCCAAUUGUUGUAGGCAUCUUAAUUAACCAAGAUUUCCAUUUUGUUCUAGUUUCUCCCCUUUCCCUAUGUAUGAGGUAUCUGUGAGAGUUUAAAGGCAGGCGAACGAGAAUCUGUUUGUAUAAUAACUUAAGUUUUAUAGCUUGAAUAUGGUGUAUUUGACUCA